AUGUUUAUAGGCAUAUUUGCCUUUGAUAAUGCAAUAUCACAUAUAGCUUUUGCUAAAGAUGCAUUUGUAUUUUCAAGAAUAAACCUUUAUUCAGGUGGCUUUGUUCUAAAAAUGGCUCAAGUGGGUUCUUGA